UGCUGAUCGGAUGGACCGAAGGCUCAUUUGCCAUUAGUUGUGUUGUUCAAUUGUAUUUGCGCUGUGUCGAACCUUUUGAGAUGUUUCAUCCAUCAACUGCAAUGGUUGUCCAUGGAGACGGCGGAGACGAGGAAUUAAUUGAAGAUCCGGUCGUGCUUGGUACAAGUAGAAUACAGAGACGCCAGCAAGGUUUUGUUCAAGAAGAGGUCAUUGUCAACAAUAUAGGAGUUGUUGACAAGCUAGACAGAGUUUUGCAAGACUCCCAGGCUCGAAAUGACGAAAAAUUACUGGAGUUAGCUCAGUAUGCACACGAUCAUGUCAUCAACACUGUCGCGGAAACGGAGGAGCGCUUGGGUUAUCACAUUCGUGAUUAUCUCGAUGGAAUUCACGCACAUUACGACGCAUCAAUGAAGCAGCAAGGCGAACUUCAAGCCGUAGAACCGGAUCGGCGCUUAAGUAGCCUGGAACAUAAUAUUCAAGAGCGUGCUCAAACUUCAGCUGUUGCUGCUGUUGGUUCUCUUGCUAAUAAACUGGAAUUUCAUUUUAAUAGUGCUUUGGCAGCGAUGGAGACGACCCUCAACGGACAUGGCACAACGCAUGAAUCGGUAUGUGAAAUGAGGCUGCAGUCAGCGUCGAAACAAGCUCAAGAUGACUUUGAAGCCUCUACUGAUUUGCAGUCGGACUGGAUUGAAAAAUGA